CGAACUAACGAAGUUUGUCAAAAUAUAAUGAUGACUGCAAACAAUCGGAGCAAUCACGAAACUGCGAUUUUUCGCACAUCUUAAAAGUUAUUAUUUUAAUAAAUUACAUAUAUUUCUGAACGGUUGUUUUAUUGAAAAAGAAUGUGAGUAUUUCCUAUGAAUCAUCGUAAUGCUGCUAUAUGUCCGUCGCUCGAAUAUUGCGGACUGUGCUGGACAAGCUGAAUUCGGAACGAUUCUUAUCUGCUGAGCGCGUGGUGGAAACGUGCAAAAUUUUUUGAUUCAUAUUUUCUGUAAUAAUGAUGUUUUGUUAAGAAAAAAAAUGCGAGUCAAACUUAUUUUUAACUUGACGCAAAAGCACCUGACUUUAUCGAGGCAGUGGCGUAGCGUUGUGCCAACGCUUGAAAAACUGUAGCUACGUCACUGCAAAUCUCUCCCGAGGAGGAUCGCGCUUGGUUGGUGUUUGGUGAGUUGGCAAGCCUGACAUCCGAGAGCCUAGCCUAGGAGGGAUCGUACGUCAUGCUACAAACAGUCGAGGAUCGACGACCAGUCGCCUGGCUCGUAUUUCCCGUAUUCACGGAGACGUCGUAAUACACGGGAAUAGAAAACUGAGUUGAAUUCUAUCUCUUCGCGACAGUUUGAACGUUUGACGUCGCUAGACUACUGUCACAAACUCGCGCGUCCUACCGUUAGUCCGAAGAAACAUAAAAACAAAGAAAUAUUUAAUAAAAAUAUAAUAAGAAUAAUAGUAAUCGUUUCGGAGUUCACGGGUUGUGCUUUGCGUCCGUUUCGCGUUACUUUGUCGUCCGAUAAAUUUUAUAUUAUGAAGUGUAUGUCCGUGUACUCCGGGCUCGGCGAACCGGGAUACGAAAAAAGGACGGAGCAGGAAAAUCAGCAUCGCUACGACGAGUCAGCGUGAUAACGCGCGACAAAGGCAUUGACAGCCAGCCAUUAAAAGUAGCGAGGCAUCUUUUGCCCUACUCUGACUACUGCUUUUUCGCGUGUGUUCUGUGUUUCUCUGUGCGUGUGUAAGUGUGUGCCUGCGUGUGUGCCUCUGUUAUUUCGCGUUGAUGCGUUGCGUCAAUUUAUCUACAACUUCGCGUGUGUAACGUGGAUACGUGCAAGGCUGUGUGUUUAUAACAUAGCGAGAAAGUAUCGCGAAGCUUUGUGGCUUCCCGAGUCUCUUGCCUCGCAUCUUCGAAUGCAUUCGGAUUGAAUAAUGUACUCCUGAUUAGGAAUAAAUCAUUUGUUAUAUCCCAAACGUCUUGGAUGCUCUGCUGUAAUCCCGAAACAUCGUUGAGAAAGUUUCGUUUCAUAAAUCUUUACCAAAAGACAGUUUCAUUGUCGCAAAGGUUGGAGCAAAGGGCGUGGGCCAGUUAUUGGGUAGAAGCAAUUAAGCAGAUUGAACCGAUAAAUCAAGACUCGAAAGCGUAAAGAUGUUGAAAAGGUCGCCACAAUGAGCGGCAGAUGACUGUUAGCAGAGCCGGUUGCUCGUUCAACAUUAAUAUGAGCGAGUUAGUAGCUGUGACAGUGCCUACUGGUGGACAAAAUAGCCAGGAGAGCGUAGCAAACAUCAAAAGGCCGAAAUCAGCAAACUGCAAUGUUCCUCUUGUCCAUGGCAGACCAAAUCCAUCAAUCAACGGACGCAAUAGACUGACCACUCAUCAACGAAAUCAUAGUUUGGACUUUAGGUCAAUGGGUAUUCUUUUACCACCGGUGCCGCAAGCGACGGUAACACCGUUGACGUUACAUCAUCGAAACCGUAGUUUGGACUCGGCGCUACAGCGAAUACCGGAGGUCGACGUCACACCGAGUCCAGAAUGCGAAACAAUUCCUGUGCAAGCGACGAAAACAGUUCUCUCGAUAAAGAGCAGCCGGAGCAGCCGAGAGCGUGAAGAUCUUGCGAGCCUGGGCUCCGAUGACUCGGGAAUUCUUUGCGGUUCCGAUAGCGGUUCGAGCGACGCCGCGAACGCGACAACCCGUGAAUCAAGCGUAGAGCAUUUGCACAGUCGUGAGAGUUUGGACUCGUCGUUGUCGCAGGCGGGUGACAUGGAUAGCGUUGACGCGAUUGACGGUGACGAGAGUGUCGUUUCCGUUUUACCAAUCGACAUUGGUUUGAUCGGUAAUGAGCCGUCGGCGAAUAAGGAUCGUCCUCAGAAUGACGAAUGUGAAGCAGCAGCAGCAGCAGCAGCUGCGACGACACAAGUCGAGAAUGGUCCGAUCGUCGGUUUGUCGAACGGCGAUCAUUCUCUCCAGGAACACGAAAAUGUCGAGCGUACCAUCGAACAGUUGCGCGAUAAUCAACAAUGCUCCAAUCCCGUUAUGACGAGCUAUAAAAAUUCACGGGAAAUUGCGGUACAGCGAGAAUUGGCCGGUGCUGCUAUGACACUUUGUUGCGGUACUGGCCAACUAGAGGAUGAAAUUAUUAAAAAAUUACCCGAGUUGAGGAGACAAGAAACCGCGCAGCCAAAACCUAGCGAGGGAUGUCUACUGAGGUUAUUCGAGAGCCAAGUUUUCGACAUGUCCAUGGCGAUAUCUUAUCUCUUCAACUCCAAGGAACCCGGAGUUCAAAGUUACCUCGGUAACAAGAUGUUCAGUUUCCCAGAUAACGACGUGGAUUUCUAUUUGCCACAGCUCGUUCUGAUGUACAUACAACUACACGAUGUCACGGAAGUGCUCUAUCCGUAUCUUGUCCAUAGGUGUAGAGGCUCAGCUGAUUUUUCUUUGAAGUGUGCCUGGUUGUUGGACGCUUACAGCUCCGAUGCGCUUUUGCCAUCGAAGAAAAAAUCACACGGCACCAAGCUCAAAAAUCUCAUACUAUCGGACGAGCUUAGGCCAAAGGGAAAUCAAACGAUACGAAAGCAAAAGCUUCUCGGUUUGCAAGUUCCUCUCCCACCACCUCUGCCAUCCGCUCAAUCCGUGACGUCACCCAUUAAAAAGACUCACCAAAGAUCGCAGUCCGAUGCUACGGGACUGUUUCAAACUUUGCGUCGCAGUCAUUCCGGUAUAAUAAAUAAGGUAAGCCUUGGGGACCUGAGUUCCGGUCGAGCUUUCGACAAUGGAUGUACCUGUUUUGAUUCCUGCCAAGGUGUCGUUAAUGACUUACGAGGACAGAAGACUGAUUGCUUCUGUAAUGCCCCCCGGCUAGCACCGGAGCUCGAGUUUAUUCAAGCACUGAUAUCAAUUGGCAAAUUGCUCGGUACUAUUCCUACAAAGGAGAGUAAAACUGUUCAACUAGUUGCGGAGCUGAAUACACUCAACUUGAAUCUCCCGGCAAGAGUAUGGCUACCUUUGCACAGUACAGUGCCGCAUCAUAUCGUGAGAGUUCCACCGCAAUACGCAGCUGUACUCAACAGUAAAGAUAAGGCGCCGUAUAUAAUGUACGUCGAAGUUUUGGAAGUUGAGGAUCUUUACACGUCACCAGUACCGACCAAAAUUAUGGGCAGUUCCUUGAGACAUACUAAAUCCGAAGAGAACUUAACGGGAGCAGAACCGACGAACCAAACCGAGAAAGCCGGGGUGCAAAUCACCGAAACUCAGAAUGUUAAUCCGAUUCGACAAACUCCCGUUCGAAAUGUCAACGCACUUGCCAGCAGAUGCAUUGAUAAUGCUUUCAAUUAUACCGAUGACGAUCCCGCAGAUUGUUGGAGUCAAGAAGAUGAUGAAAUAACGCAACAGUAUCUUCAAUUGAGAAAGCCAAAGGAUAGAGAUACGAUAUCCCAACUGAGUCAAGAUUCAUCGGACAGUCGCGAGCCAAUUUUCAUACCGGGAGACAUAAAAAGACGAUUGAGCGAAAUGGCGGCGACGCCCAGUACCACAUUCAAUCACGAUCCUGAAGAUCCGUCGGCAGCAGUUUUAAAAGAGCCUUGGGAAUUGAAACAGCGACGUAUUCGAGCUUCGAGUCCUUACGGUCAUUUGGCUUCCUGGCGGUUGUUGGCGGUAAUCGUCAAGUGCGGUGACGAUCUUCGACAGGAGCUUCUUGCUUCGCAGCUACUCUCGAUGUUACAGAAAAUUUGGCAGGAUGAACAAGUACCCUUGUGGGUUAGACCGUACAAAAUCCUCUGUCUGUCAAACGACAGUGGUCUGAUCGAGCCCAUUCUCAAUACCGUAUCGCUUCAUCAAGUGAAAAAGCAUUGUCAGCUUACGCUGCUGCAAUAUUUCGAGCGUGAAUUCGGCAGCUCGAGCUCCGAGGGAUUCGCGAUAGCACAAAAGAAUUUUGUCCAGAGUUGUGCUGCUUAUUGUCUCGUCAGUUAUCUUAUCCAAGUGAAGGAUCGACACAAUGGAAACAUUUUGUUGCAUAGCGAUGGACAUCUUAUCCACAUUGACUUUGGUUUCAUAUUGUCGACUUCGCCUCGUAACCUUGGCUUUGAAACGAGCCCUUUCAAACUCACACCCGAGUUCGUCGAAGUCAUGGGUGGCAAUCAGUCCAAAAUGUUUCUCGAAUUCAAAAGCCUCAUCCUACAAGGAUUGGUCGCAGCUCGCAAACAUAUGGAUAAAGUUGUUAAUCUCGUUGAGAUUAUGCUGUCAGGUUCGCAGCUACCGUGUUUCCGCAGUGGUGGAGUUGCAACGGUACAAGGAUUAAAAAAUCGAUUUCAUUUAACUCUGACCGAGGAUCAAUUGCGUCAACACGUAGAUGAUCUCGUUGAAGGCAGCAUUCACUCGUGGUCAACGAAGUUGUACGAUCGUUAUCAGUACUUCGCAAACGGAACACUCUAAUAAUCGCCUAAAUAAUCCGUUUCAUCACAGAUUAUUUCGACGAUUGUCCACGUUUGAGAUUAUUAUUUUUUUUUUUUUUUUUUUUUUUUUUAAAUUCUAUCGACGCAGGGGCAAAACGAAGUACGGAUUAAUUUUUGCGAAUGGUGUUUCUCUUCCGUGUGCUCUCGAAAUACAUAAAAAUCGUAGGCAUUCCACAAGCACAAAUCAUUCAUGAAAAACGUUGAUGUUAAACGGAUCGACAAAAGUAAUAAGACCGUUCGAAACACUUUGGUCGAUGAAAUAACACGGUCGGUGUUAUUCCCGUGCUUUUCAAGGACUGAGAAUAAGUCGAAAAAAUGCACGUACGUCAAGGCUCGAGAAGAAACAGAGAGAACGAGAAACGAUAGACGAAUGAAUGAUGAAAAAUAGUAUGAGGCUUGAGAGAGGGGGAGAGAGAACGCGUUUUCAGAAUAUCAAAUGUUUCUUAUUCGAUAUGUAUACAUGAUUUCCGAUUAAAGUGUGCGAAGAACUGUAUAAUUACGCCUCGAACGACAAUUACGUGUUAGCUAUCACCGGUGCAGAUCUUGUGCUAUUGACUGAAGAUUGGACUGCUAGAUCAUCGUAGCUUAAUAACUGGGGUAAUUUGUCGAAGGUGCCUUAUUCGUAGGGGAAUGGUAAAGAUUUAAACGAAUUACUAAAUGCAGUGAAGUGAUUGUGGCAUUGUACCAAAUCCGUGGAUAUUGAGUAUGUGAGCAAUCUGUAAUUUGUACAUACUUAUCUUAAUAUGAAUGAAAAAAAAAGAAGAAAGCAAAAUAAGUAACAAAAUAUGCCGUCAGGAGCCUCGUGGUUAUUGGCAAUAAAUAAUAUAACCGCGGGUAAUUGGUACGUAUUACGUAAUCUCCGAUAAGAGUGGAAAAAAGACAAAAAAGAAACAUGGACGAAGUUCGAGUGACCACCUUACAUGCAUGGGACUCAACGUACCAACGGGAGACAAAUACUCAAAAUAUUUCCUACUUUAUAUAAAUAAUUAUUACGAUUAAUUAUCGCAGUCUACUAAGUAGCAUAGAUAACGAUAGUUCAUCUUGAGAAACAAAACAGAAAAUACAGCAAGAAGUAUCACAAUUGAAAGUUUUUACAUGUUCUUAUUGCAUAGUUUCAUCGUUAUAAUGGGAAAGCAAAAAAAUAUCUUAGCUACGAGAAGACGAUUAUUUAAUAGGAUGUCUGCGUUACAUAUGUUUAUUUGAGCUAUUAAAUUAUGAUAAAGAAAAUAUUGUACAUACAUCAACUGUGAAGCAUUAAACAAAUUUGUUUAAGUAUAAUUGAAGAUGAAUAUAUGAAAGGAAAAAAAACAAGCAAAAUCAAAGUUGCGGCGAGCGGGCCCGGGCCUUCCGAUUUCCCAGUGUCUUAACUAUAUAUGUCUUUCUCUCUAUAUCUCCACUUCACUUUUACUAUAACCAUUUCUAAAAAUAGACGGGUAAACCUGGGAAUGCGAUCUUUCACAGCGCUCCAGUUGAACAGAACCUUCUGCUCCCUUCAAUAUGAUUUUUAUUUUAUACUCUUAUCGUUUUUAAAUUUAUCAAGCGUACAUAUCUUGAUGAGCUUUAAAUUUAAUUACGAAUUUAAUGCUUAUUGAAACUUUUUAUUAGCCAUCGAUUUUCUUCGGCUCCGAUUCAUCGUCGGUUAUAUUUGCUUGUAUUCGCUAUUGAAUGUCCAAAGUCCUGGUUUACCUGGUUCUAUCAAUUCAAAUAAGAGUUCUUAAUGAUAUCGAAUAAUUAUUGCAUAAUAUGGAAUACCAGUGGAUGUAUCAUCAGUUAUUAUAUCAUUAAUUAAAACUUUCAUUUAUUUUUCUCAUAUUAAAAAAAAAAACAAACAAAACGAAACAUUUUUUGUUAUUCAAGGACCCAGGGCAACUAUCACUCAACCAUCUCAUUGAAAAAUGAAGAAAAAAUUUUUAUUUCCAUGCUUAUUGACAUCAGUAUCAAAUAAAAUGUAUGCAUCUCUGCCUU